AUGGCUCCUCUUUCCUUCCCCAAGCUCAACCAGCAAAACUAUCAACAAUGGGCUUUGAACAUGGAGGCCAGGUUAAGGACCUCUUAUGCCUGGCGCAUAGUCAAUGGUUCUGAAACCAGGCCAGAGCCCACACUACCCCUAGAUGCUGCAGAGCGAAAGGAGGUUCGAGAUUUUGACCAGAGAACUGACCUUGCUGCUGGUGAAAUAUGGGACUGUGUUGAACAGGACCAGCAGGUGCAUCUGCAGGAGAUUAGAGAUGACCCCUGUGCUAUGUGGGCUAAACUCAAGUCUGUUCACUUGCAGAAGCGUCCGGGAGCGCGCUUCACUACCUAUGAUGCGCUCCUAGGCCUCCAGUGCACAGAGGGAGAAUCCUUAUCUUCACUUGCAGCCAGGGCUACUCAGCUAAAGCAGAACAUGAAGCUCAUGCGUCCUGCUGCUUUCACUGUCUCUCAACUUGAUGAUGAGCUUGUUCUAAUGGCUCUGAUUCGUGCCUUGCCCUCCCAGUAUGCCCCUCUAAAGCAGACCACGCUUUUGGACGACUCCCUCACUCUAGACAAGCUCAUGGAGUUGUUUGUUGCUUUGGAGAACCAACCUGGUGCUGGCCCUUCC